CCUCUAUGCCGGAUGUUGUAGUUAGAUAUGUUGAUGAGUCUUUGCGGUGUCAGCCCAGCAAGACUAGUUGAGCGGAAGAGGACACAGGUGGAGGGCAUUACAUGUAACUCCAAAAUCAAUAAACUCCCGUUGUCUUCAAGAGUUUCAUCAGCUAAUCGGAAAUGUUUUCUCUUUCGACUUCCCUUCAGCCACAGGUAACAGUCCAGUUGAGUCACCUCAUCAAUGCCCUGCACUCUCUGAAGGGUUCAGUGAGCAGCAAUACUUCAGUCAAUCACAAACACAGAGAGAACAUACCAGAACAAGAUCUGAACUGCACAGAGCCAUCACUGACCCUCAGGGAUUUAGGUUUGACAGAUCUCGGGGUCAGCCAGCUAGAUGAGCUGGUGCAGAAGCUUCUGCCCUGUGUUACUCAGCGGGAGUCGCUCUCACAACUGAGGAGUGUGCCAAAUAUCUGGAGGACUUCCCAUCUUUCCUCAGAUUCAUUCUUUCACAACAAACAUGGGUUUUCAAGAAUGGGCGGUGUUACUGCUGUGUUCUCUAAGCAGAACAAGUCACCUCUCCAAACAUUAUGUACAGAUCUCAAAUAUUUGCCAUUGAUGGUCCCAAAUCGAGGCUUUAAAACUCUGAAGUCAAGAACACGCCGUCUACAGGGAGGCUUAGACAGUACAGCGGAGCCUGAGGGAUAUACACCAUCAUUUAUGAAGGGUUUCCUUACACGAGACAAAGGGCCAGAUGUUGAAACGUUGGACAAGCUCCUUAAAAACAAAAACAUACCUGAUGGUCAACAUGAUGCUUUUAAGACUGGUUUUGCAGAGGGAUUCCUAAAAGCUCAGGCCCUAACACAGAGAACCCAAGAAUCAUUAAGGAGGACGCGACUGAUACUAUUGGUGCUUUUGCUGGUGGGCUUAUAUGGACUCUCAAAAACUCCUUUCUUAUCAGUGCGAUUCCGAACCACAUCAGGCCUGGACUCAGCAGUGGAUCCUGUCCAGAUGAAGAAUGUCACCUUUGAGCAUGUGAAGGGUGUGGAGGAGGCCAAGAAUGAGCUGCAGGAGGUGGUGGAGUUCCUCCGGAACCCACAGAAGUUCACUGUUUUGGGAGGAAAGCUGCCUAAAGGAAUCUUGUUGGUUGGGCCUCCAGGUACAGGAAAGACCCUGUUGGCCCGUGCUGUGGCAGGUGAGGCAGAUGUGCCAUUCUACUACGCAUCUGGCUCAGAGUUCGAUGAGAUGUUUGUUGGUGUUGGUGCCAGUCGAAUCAGAAACCUUUUUAGGGAAGCUAAAGCUAACGCUCCUUGUGUUAUCUUCAUUGAUGAGCUGGAUAGUGUUGGAGGAAAGAGGAUUGAGUCCCCUAUGCACCCCUAUUCUAGACAGACAAUCAAUCAGCUUCUAGCAGAGAUGGAUGGGUUCAAGCCAAAUGAAGGUGUCAUCAUAAUUGGAGCAACAAACUUCGCUGAAGCUUUGGAUAAUGCUCUGAUCCGGCCAGGCCGUUUUGAUAUGCAGGUCACUGUCCCCAUACCAGAUGUGAAGGGCCGCACUGAAAUCCUCAAGUGGUACCUUAAAAAAAUUAAAGUCGACUCUGCUGUGGAGGCAGAGAUCAUUGCUAGAGGAACGGUGGGGUUCUCUGGAGCCGAUCUGGAGAAUCUUGUUAAUCAGUCCGCACUAAAGGCAGCUGUGGAUGGUAAAGACAUGGUGACCAUGAAGGAGUUGGAGUUUGCGAAGGACAAAAUACUGAUGGGGCCAGAACGCAGGAGUGCAGAGAUUGACAAGAAGAAUAAAGAGAUCACAGCGUACCACGAGUCAGGCCAUGCUAUUAUUGCAUACUACACCAAAGAUGCCAUGCCCAUAAAUAAAGCCACUAUUAUGCCGAGAGGCCCAACUUUGGGUCAUGUGUCCAUGCUCCCAGAGAAUGACCGCUGGAGUGAAACUCGUGCUCAACUUCUGGCCCAGAUGGACGUCAGCAUGGGCGGCCGAGUGGCUGAAGAGCUCAUCUUUGGCAGUGAGAAUAUCACCACUGGAGCAUCAAGUGAUUUUGACAGCGCUACAAAAAUAGCCAAAAUGAUGGUGACCAGAUUUGGCAUGAGUGAAAAGUUGGGUGUGAUGACAUAUGCUGACCUCACCAAGCAGAGCCCAGAAACUCAGGCAGCCAUUGAACAUGAAGUCAGGAUACUUCUGAGGGAUUCCUACGAGCGUGCUAAAGUCCUCCUGAAGUCUCGUGCUAAGGAGCACAAAAAUCUUGCUGAGGCUUUACUGCGGUAUGAGACAUUGGAUGCCAAAGAGAUCCAGCUGGUCUUAGAGGGAAAGACAUUAGAAAGCAGAUGAGGGCUCACCAGGGACUUCAGGCAGCAGGGAAAGGACAAUGAAACUCUAAAAGACAUGAAUGUACAUAUGCAACCAAGAGCUUGGUAGGCCGACACUCCCCAUUGGUAAAGAUGUAUUUUUUCCUGAGCCAGAUCUCUAAAAUUAGUUUCAGUUUUACAUGCUUGGGAUUUUCUUCCAAAUAAAUUAUAUGAGAAUUCAACUCAUUUAGUAUCUAUUUAAGUGUUUUUCUGUACCAUUGACUUUAGGGUGCUGCCUUAUUUGAAGUGGAGCAGAAGACAAUUUUGAAUAAAUCAUUAAGCUGUAAGCACCAGUCCAGUUUACUAUAAAGUUAGGAACAAAUUGCUGUUCAUUGUUUCUGACACCGUUGUCUGAGCCAGGCUGAGCAUAUGUUUCAUGGUGACCUUUGAGAAAUGUAUGGGAAUAUAUUUUUCACUGAGGGAAUAUAUCGAAGCACUUUGGUACUGGGACAUUUAUGUUUGUUUGUGUGAUGCAUAUCAUAAUAUCGGCUUGUGAACAAUGCUGCUUCAAAAAGUUUUAGUCACAGCAAGUCAAUACAUCAGAACCCAAGUAUGUUGUUAGAUAAACUUUGACAAGAAAUUCCAAGUGGAUCAGUGAUCAGUGAACUCCUGUAGUGUGAGCUCUAUUUCUGCACUUUCAUUAAUCAUUAAACAAAAGAGAGACUAAAUGUAAUAUUCAUUCAAAUUUUAUAUUUGAUAUUCAUUUCUCUAGUUCCAGUGGCUAAACUGGGUUUAUUCAGCGUUAUUCUACACAUUAUUUAUUCAUGUACAGUAGCUCUACAUUUAUGAGUUUACCUUGCCUCCAUGUAUGUUUGCCUUUUACCCAAGCUCGUUUUAGUUGUGUAUAUACAGUAUAGAUUUAUAAUCGAUAAAAUUCAAAAUGAGGGUAUUGUAUGUAAGUGUAUUAGAUUGAUUUUAGUCUGAGUUCUGCCUGGUUUGUCAUUUAAAAUUAUUUUUCUUUUGAUGCUGUUACACACAAAUGGGAGUUGAACUGAAUAAAGGAAACAUA